UGUGCAUGUGUGGAGGCAAGAGGGACUCCACAACCUCAAUUUAGAAUUAUUCACUGAAUUUUCGCACGAUUUCCAAACGGUGUGAUUUGUUAAAGCGUCACACGUGUAGACAAAAGUGGAGAAGAUGCCGGACUUCUGUGCUGCUUAUGGCUGCUCCAACGAGCGGGGCAUGUACACAAAAUGUCGUGGAAUCACUUUUCACAGGUUUCCCAAAGACAGUUGUGUGAAAAAACGUUGGGAACUGGCUUUGAGGAGGAAAGGUUUUGUACCAACCAAGAGGUCCUUGCUAUGCAGUGAGCACUUUAAGUCUGAUGACUUUGACAGCACAGGACAGACUGUCCGCCUUAGACACGGAGUCAUCCCUUCAGUCUUUAAUUUCCCAUCUCAUUUACAAAAGCAAGCACCAUCAAGGACCACAAAAGCUUUGAGGAGAGCUGAGGAGAGCCUGCCAGUGGACUCGCCUCAGCAUUUGCAUGAGGCUGACCCUCAGGUUAAUGUUGACCACAGUUAUGCUUUACCCGCUUCUCCCACUGCUCUGAAGGCCAGACUUAUUGAAGCUCUGGCUCGAGUGGAGAGUCUGGAGCAGGAGAAGAGGAACAGCGUGAUCCAUGAGCGAAGGGCGAAGAAAACUGUGCAUGCUCUUCUUGAAGAUCUGAGGCAGAAGAACCUCCUAAAUGAAGAGCUGAAGGAAAGACUGGAAUGCUACUCUGGUCUUCGGGUACGCCUUUUGGCAAAAAACCACCAAGAAUACACCAAAGAGCAGAGAGAGUUUGCCCUCACGCUACACCUUCAUGGUCCGAAGGCGUAUGCUUACAUGAGAGAGUCUCUACAUCUUCCUCUGCCGCAUCCCCAUACACUGCAGCGAUGGCACAGUGAAGGUGGUGAAAGCAGCAGAGCGGGUGAAUCGUCAGGUCCAAUUAGGGCAAACUCCCAAGGUGUCAGUGGUGACGCAUGUUGACCAGGAAGAGAUUGGAACAGAGGAUGUGUUUUUGCUCAGGGAACAUAUUGAAGAAACACAAUCUGGCAUCGACAACCAGCGUUCAGACCUGCUGAGAUUAAUAGUAGUUGCUUUUCCAUUGGACAUCUGUGCAAAACUUUAUCCAUAUUUACUAGAUGUUGGAAAAACAGAAGUGCAUAAUGUCAGUUUUUCCAUUAAAUCACAAAUGCGACGAUUUGUUUAUUAAUUAUCGCGAGAUGACACGAGAAGUCAUUCCUUAAACAUGGCGACGUACGUAAAUAUGGUGUAGAUUUACAGAUGUAUUCAUUGUUAUUAUAUUUCACCCCUCUAUCAUGUACU